AUGGUGCUCAAGAGGAAAGCGGGCGCCGCUGUCCAGGGAGGAGCGAAAGCUGGCAGGUCUUCACGGAUGUCAACGCCUGGUGCUGCAACGCCACGAACGAUCGAUAGCAAUGAGGAGGUGCCGGAGGAAGAGGAGGGCCCCGUCGACGAGGCUCUGGAACGUGAUUUGAAUAAAAACAUAGACAUCUUCUCCCUGGAUCGCUACCAGAAGAGACAUGCGAUUCGGGAUCCGCUCCCGCAUAUCUUUGGCGACCGUGAUUUCUCCUACUUGGUUUUGAAGAAAGACCACCAAAACCGACCUCUCUGGAUCGAUCCUCAGAAGGGACGCAUUAUCCUUGAGAGUUUCAAUCCUCUUGCAGAGCAGGCGCAAGAUUUCCUCAUCACCAUUUCUGAGCCUUUGUCGCGACCGACCUUUAUGCACGAGUAUGCCCUGACGACACAUAGCUUGUACGCUGCCGUCUCUGUUGGACUCUCGCCAGAGGACAUCAUCAACACCCUAGAUCGGUUUCUUAAGACGCCGUUGCCAGAUGAGAUUCGAAAUUUUAUUACAAGCUGUACUCAAAGUUACGGCAAGGUCAAGCUGGUCCUCAAGAACACCAAGUACUACGUCGAAAGUCCCGAUCCAAACAUGCUCCAAACCCUCCUCAAGAACCCUAGAAUCGGACCUCUACGUGUACAAGGCACAGAAGAGAUCACAACAUCAGUGGCGCCCAAGAUCGGCGGCCUGGUCAUCCCCGGAACACAGAACGCUGCUGGAGUGAAGCAAGCCAAUGGUCUUGGUCAGUCGGGUGAACAAGGCAAAGAUCAACAACCUGUCCAGGAGGGUGAGGUCUUUGCGACACUCAACGAGGAAGACGAUGACGAGCAAGAAGUAACGCACUCCUUCGAGAUUGCGGACAAAGACGUUGAGACUGUGCAGAAGGAAUGCUUGAACCUGGGAUACCCAGUUUUGGAGGAGUACGAUUUCAGAAGAGAUGAAGCCAACGCGAACUUGGAUAUUGAUCUUAAGCCUGGUACCCAGAUUCGACCAUACCAGGAAAAGAGUCUGAGUAAGAUGUUCGGUAAUGGGCGAGCUAAGAGUGGAUUGAUCGUCUUGCCUUGCGGCGCUGGAAAGACGCUCGUGGGUAUCACAGCAGCCUGCACUAUCAAAAAGGGUGUAAUCGUCCUAUGCACAAGUUCUAUGUCAGUUGUGCAGUGGCGAAACGAAUUCUUGAAGUGGUCCAAUAUCAACCCUGACGACAUCGUCGCUUUCACGUCAGAUUCCAAGAACAACGUUUUCACUGGAAGCACAGGUAUCAUUGUUACAACAUAUGCAAUGGUGACUCAGUCACGAGCUCGAUCUUAUGAUGCGGAGAAAAUGAUGAAGUUCUUGACAGGCCGGGAAUGGGGUCUGAUGCUGUUGGACGAGGUGCACGUUGUACCAGCUAACAUCUUCCGAAAGGUGACGUCUUCCAUCAAGACUCACUCGAAGCUUGGCCUCACAGCGACACUGCUUCGAGAAGAUGACAAGAUCUCGGAUUUGAACUUCCUGAUUGGACCGAAGCUCUUCGAAGCCAACUGGAUGGAGCUUUCGAAGCAAGGACAUAUCGCCCGAGUUCAGUGUGCGGAAGUAUGGUGCCCAAUGCCCACCGAGUUUUACGACCAGUACCUCAAAGCACCUAGCCGAAAGAAGGGUUUGCUCUAUAUUAUGAACCCCCGAAAGUUCCAGGCUUGUCAAUAUCUUAUCAAUUACCACGAGUCCCGAGGAGACAAGAUUAUUGUAUUCUCGGAUAAUGUAUAUGCCCUCAAGGCGUACGCUCUUAAGCUUCAGAAGGCUUUCAUCUACGGCGGUACCGGUCAAGCUGAACGUCUACAAGUGCUGGAGAACUUCCAGCACAACCCGAACGUCAACACGCUCUUUUUGUCAAAAAUCGGAGACACGUCUCUCGAUUUGCCUGAGGCUACGUGCCUAAUUCAAAUCUCGUCCCAUUAUGGUUCUCGUCGUCAGGAGGCUCAACGCCUAGGACGAAUCUUACGAGCUAAACGACGUAACGAUGAGGGUUUCAAUGCCUUUUUCUACUCGCUAGUUUCAAAGGACACCCAAGAGAUGUACUUUUCCUCUAAGCGUCAGGCUUUCCUUGUCGACCAGGGAUAUGCCUUCAAGGUUAUUACACAGCUAGCAAAUAUCGAAAAGACGCCUGGGCUGGCGUUCGCAGAUGUUACUGAGCGUCGCGAACUGCUCCAGAAGGUUCUUGUGGAGAAUGAGAGCAUGGAGGAGGACGACCCCAACGAUGACAUGUUCCAUCAAGGUACCAUGGGACGCAAGAAGAAGAAGGGAGCUCGACGAACGGCAGGAACUCUGGGUGAGCUCAGUGGUGGCCAGGAUAUGGCGUACAUCGAGCAGAACAAGAAGAUGUCAACAAAGCGUAAGAAGGCAGAGAGCCAUACUUUCUUCAAGAAGAUUGGACGAGAGAAUGCCAGACGCGCAGCGGCGCAGUAA